AUGUCAUCCUCGCUCCGCCGCGCUGCGCCGUUGGUGCUCCCCGCUACUGCAGGGCAGCAUACAGCGACGGUUAUUUUUAUUCACGGUCUCGGUGACAACGGAAAUGGCUGGGCUGAUGCGAUUGAGCACAUGAGGCGUCGUCGUCAACGACUGGGCGAGGUCAAAUUCAUCCUACCCCAUGCGCCUACGAUUCCUAUCACAGUGAAUGGCGGGCUCCGCAUGCCAGGCUGGUUUGACAUUAAAGCUCUCGGUUACUCUGUCGACUCUCUCGGCAACAAGGCUGUUGACGAGGAUGCCGCAGGGAUUCUUCAGUCACAGUCAUAUGUCCACUCCCUCAUCCAGGACGAGAUCCAGGCUGGUAUCCCCGCAGAACGCAUUGUAAUUGGUGGUUUCUCACAAGGAGGCGCGAUGAGCAUCUUCUCUGGUCUCACUGCUCCGGUCCGGGUUGCCGGUAUUGUUGGCUUAUCGUCAUGGCUGCUUCUCAGCCAGAGCUUCCGCGACUACGUUCCCAGCGGCGACCUGAACAAGACAACGCCUAUUCUCAUGGGCCACGGCGACGCAGACCCGAUUGUCAGGUACUCUCUUGCGAUGGACAGUGAAGCCGCGCUGAAGGGUAUGGGGUACGAUGUUACUUUGAAGACCUACAAGGAAAUGGAACAUUCCGCAUGCGCGGAAGAGCUUGACGAAGUGGAGGCCUUCAUAGCUGCCCGAUUGCCAGCAAAGAGCGGUUAA